AGAUGUAGAUAUGCGCUCUCCUUCGUAGGAGACCGACUUAUCUCUUCUUAUCUGUUUGUGCAUGUGUGUGUGUGUGCUCCUCAACGCAUCCGUUCGCCUGAGUUCCUCCACUCAGCGCCGUCUACACGGAUCCGAGUCCAUUCUUCGCGGUGUAAAUGAGAAAAAGAGGUUUCUUCUGCGUUCAGUUUACGCUUUCUCCGUCCUCACACACAUGCGUCAUGCAAGCUUACAUUGACAGCAUUUGCAGCCGGUCACCCCCGUCCACAGCCGCCGCCGUACGGCCCACCAAGAGCGCACUGCUGCUCCAGUCCCGUCAGCUGGAGCGCAAACGUCAGCUCGAUGAGAGAGCUGCACACGACCAGGCCUUGCAGGCUGGCAAGGGUGCCUCCUUAUGGGGAUUGCCCUUUUCGAAACAACGCAGCGACUCGCGGAGCCGCGUGCGACCCGCACAGCCGCGGCCUCACCGCCUCCUCCAUUCGGCGGCAUCAUCGUUUUUCGCAUCAAGCACGUCACGCACGCAACGCAACGCAUCUCCGCCGGCGUCAGCGGCGUCACUUCGUCGUGGUUCCAAUACAGGGCCGCAGCGCACACCGCGCCCCCUCGGCCUCCCGCCCACGUCCCCAUCGCAGAGACAGCAGCAGCAGCACAAUCAAAUACGGAUGUGGACGCCGUUUUCUUCUGUUCCUCUCUCUGGGCAGCGCACACCAGGACGCGAACAACGACUUCCACAAGAAGGUGCACGCUCCAGUGCACGCGACCCCCUCAACGACUCCUCUUCCCUGUUGAAGUCCUCGCCGUGGCACCCGCUCUUCACUCACUCGCCAUCACCUGCGGCUUCUCCGUCGGCGCCGCAGCGACCUGGACGAUUUAGCGAAGAUGUGGGAGAGGAAGCAGGUGAGCAUCGAGAUGUGGUCGGUGCUGCCGCGCCACAAGUAUUUGACUCUGCUCCGUUCUACGCGCGCUUAAGUCGUGCGGAUGAAAUACAGAGCAGAUCUCCAGUGGAAGAGAACAAUCAGCGGACGCAUGCCCCAACAGCGCAAAUCCGACGCAGCAGAUGGAGUGCUGCGACGAUGAGCGCGGAGGCGAACGUUCCAAUCUCGUCCCCUUCACAUUCUCCACUCCCCCCUUCUCCGCCGCGCGCUGCGUGGGCCGCGUGGGAACCGCCCAAGGAGAAACAGCAGCUGUCAAAUAUGCAGCGUCAAACAGGCUCGGCAAGCCGCCUCCUGCACGCCGCGUUGGGCUCCUCCGGUAGCGGCUCCGCAUCCGUUCUCAAAACGUCCGCCACGCACCCAUCGCCUCCACACACACGGGCCAACGCGGUCUAUCCAAGUUUCGGACGGUUCGUAUCUGCUGUUCCCAGCGGAGUGUCCGCCUCCCCACAGUUUGAGGCCUCCACUUCUCCGUCUCUCCACCACACAUUACGCGGUCUGCACGCUGACCUGCGGCGCCAAACCGAACCGCAAGCGACCCCCUCACCUUCAAGAAGGGCGCUGCGUGAUGAUGAGAAUUUUUCCAUUAACACCUCGCGCUUCCCCGGCUCCUCUUCACACGUACUGUCUGAGCCGUCGCACUUUGUGCGGCAGUCCUCCGCUUCCCACCCUCCCUCUCUUCCUCAUCACCGCCGUCAUCACACGCGAGGCGCCCCGUGUAGUCUGCGUGACCUCCACGAACUUCUCCUUCACCGCCUCGAAGCGCAGUCGCGUGUUGCGGCUGCUGCCGCGGCGCAGACUGCACGGCCGCACACCAACGCCGCUCAUUCGUCGACGACGACGGAUGCUGUGUUGACCGACACGCGCGCAACGGUACAGCUGUGGCGUGCCACGCGUGAGGUGUGCAGGCGCCUUGCAGAGCAGCGAGAUUUAAUGCACUCGAGCUCGUUAGGUGAUGGCGAAAGGCGCGAUACCUUUGACGGAGCCGCACGAGGUACGCGAAACUUUAGAAACGGAGGAGAAGGGCAGCGACAGGACCAGAAGCGUAGGACUGCGGCAUCCACGCGUGCCUAUUUGUAUGGGAGCGACGCGGAGGGAGGUACUCGAGCCACGUCCUAG